AUGUCAGAAACAUCAAAAGAUGAUAUUCCAGCUAUUGCUCUUGAAGCAACACUUAAACCUACAUCAUCAUCUAUUGAUCUUUCAUCACAUUUAAUUGUUCAUGGUUAUGAUUUUAAUAAAUCUCAACCAAUUGAUUAUUUUAAUUUAUUACGUUCAUAUAGCUCUAUUGGUUUUCAAGCAACAAAUUUUGGUCAAGCAUGUCAACAAAUUGAUACAAUGCUUGAAACAAAUUCAAUAAUUUUUUUUGGUUAUACAUCAAAUCUAGUUUCAAGUGGUUGUCGUGAUAUAAUACGUUAUUUAUGUCAACAUAAACUUAUUCAUGUUAUUGUAACAACAGCUGGUGGUAUUGAAGAAGAUUUAAUUAAAUGUUUAGCACCUACAUAUGUUGGUGAAUUUACAUUAAAUGGACAAAAUUUACGUGCUAAUGGUAUAAAUCGUAUUGGAAAUUUAUUAGUACCAAAUGAUAAUUAUUGUAAAUUUGAAGAUUGGCUUAUGCCAAUAUUAGAUCGUAUUGUUAAUGAAAAUUUUAAUAAUUGUAUAUUAACACCAUCAAAAUUAAUUGAAAUUCUUGGAAAUGAAAUUAAUAAUGAAGAAUCAAUUUAUUAUUGGUGUUCAAAAAAUAAGAUACCAGUUUUUUGUCCAGCUAUAACAGAUGGAAGUUUAGGUGAUAUGUUAUAUUUUCAUUCAUAUCGUAAUCCAGGUUUAAAAAUUGAUAUAUUAGAAGAUUUAAAAAAACUUAAUAAUUUAUCUGUACAUGCUAAAUCAACUGGAAUGCUUAUUCUUGGUGGUGGAAUUAUAAAACAUCAUAUUUGUAAUGCUAAUUUAAUGCGUAAUGGAGCUGAUUAUGCAGUUUAUAUUAAUACAGGUAUGGAAUAUGAUGGAUCCGAUUCUGGUGCUAGUCCUGAUGAAGCUGUAUCAUGGGGUAAAAUUCGUUCUACUGCUAAACCAGUUAAAGUUCAUGGUGAUGCUACAUUAAUAUUUCCAUUGGUUGUUGCACAAACAUUUGCACAACAUGUGCAAAGAAAAACAUCUGAUUAA